UAGCGGUCCAACUCGAGUUUCUCUGGUAAAUUAGCGGCAAUAAAAGCAAAACCAUUUGGAUUUUAACAGAACAUCGCAUCAGAGGCCGUCUUUAUUUUGACCCAAAAGGAUGGAUGUGCAUGGCAUUGAAGAAGCUCUAGAAGAAGAGCUGGAGAAGGUGAGCGUGAAUCUGUCUGACAUGGGCUCUGAAAGUGACACAGACAUUGAGGAAGAUUUUACUGCAUCUGAUGAAAAGCUAAACAAUGACAUCCCUGCCUCAGUGUUCACCUACUUCCAAGUUUCAAGUAGCAGACUAAAUGCUUUUGAGCAGCUCAUCCUUGAAGAUGUUGAAGAUCUUGAGAGCAUGUGUAAUGAGAUGUUCAGCACGAGGCAGCAUGCUGAUCUUUCGAAUGAACUAGGAUCCGAUUUCGACGAGGAUCCAUUACAGUUGAAGGAAAGAAUAAUGUCUGAGCUUGAAGAGGAAGUAAGCCUUUCAUGUGAAUCUCAUGACUCGACUGGAGAUUAUGAUAUUGAAUAUGACACACACAAGGAUACUGAAAGACAACUAAUGCUUGAAUGGAGACAGCUGGAUGAGAACCUGAGGAAAGAGGAGGAGCAGAGACUGGCUGAGCUUGAGGCAGAGAAGGAGCAGUGUCUGAAGUCAGCCAGAGAAGAAGAAGAAGAAGAAGCGCAGAACUUAACGAAUCAGUUUGAAUAUUUGCAACCUGAAGGAGAUGGUGAAAUAAACCAAAGCUUUCAACUUGAAAUAGUAAAACAGCAGGAGCUGAUCCAGAAAUUAGAAGAACAGAUAGCGGAGGAGAGACGAGUUUUAAGGAAGUACAGCAGGAAGAGAGGGACACAGGUGCGUCGCUGGAGCAAACAAGCACUUAUCAGGAAGAGAGAAGAAGAAAGGGAACAGAGGCAGGAAAGGGAGGAACGAAUGAAGAUGGAGUGGGAGAAGGAGAGAAGGAAGGUGGAGCUGGAGGAACAGCUUCACAGAGAAGAGGCAGAGAGGAGAAGAGCCGAGUAUGAGAGAGCCAAAGAGCAGGAGCGAGCAGAAAAGAAAAAAGAAAAGGAAGAUGCUAAGAGGAGAGAGUAUGAAAGGAAAAGAAAGGAGGAGGGGAAGCAGAAAAGGAUGGAAGAAAUGACUAUAGUAGAGGAAAGGAGAAAAUGCAUGGGGAGGAGGAAAUUAAAGAAGAGGAAAAAGAAAAGAGGAGGCAAAAUCACCAGAUGGGAGAGAAGAGCGAGAGGAAGAGGAGAAGAAAAGAUGGAAAUCAGGAGAGUGGAGAAGGAAAAGAAGUUACAGGUAGAGAAGGAAGAGGUGGAGAGAAAAGUAGUAAAAGAAACAAAGAGAACAGAGGAUGAAAGAAUAAGAAUAGAGGAAGAAAACCAGAAACGAAUGAAAGGGAGGAGAAUGGAGGAGGAAAAUAAAAUAAAAGAAGAGGAAGAAAAAGGGGGAAAAAAAGAGGAAGAGGAAAAACAUGAAAAGUUGAAUGGAAAACAAUUUGUAGAGGAGAUAGGUGUAAAGCAAAAGGAACAAGUUAAAAAGAAUAAAACUGAAAAAGGACAAAUAACAAAACUUAAGGAAAAGAACAUCAAAGGAAAGGACAUGAUCAUGUUGAGAAAUGAUGAACAGAAUAUGGAGGAACGAAAGCUAAAUAAGCACAAUCUAAAUGGACUUGUUGAUCAGACAGAAAAUCCCGAGACUGACAAGGAGAGCAGGAAUACUACAAAAUGGGGGAACGCAGAGAAAUUUAGUGAUAAUGAAUCCCAGAUAUGUUUUUCUCAGUCACUCAGUAUGUCCAAAAGUGACUUAGCCAAACCUCUGUGCUCCAGAAAUGAGCAGGACAAGCAGCUCAGCUGCCAACUUGUAUCAACCCUGUCCACCCUGUGUCCUGAUGACAGCAGUGUAGCAUUGAGUCCAAUUGGAGAGGAAAGUUUAAUAGAUAACAGAGAGUUGCAGUGUGCUCUGGAUGACUCGAGCUCUGCAUGUCUUCCUGAAUGCACUGAGCAAAAGCGAUUAGCCUGGAUGAUGAACUGCACUCCUUGGUCCAAGCUCUCCAUGCAGAACAAAAGGAAGGUGCUCAGUUCUGCACCCAAGAGGAGGGUUCAUAGGAAAGCUUCAGGACACAACCUGCUACCGUUACCUGUGGACACUAUUCUCAGGUUCGGUCCCUGGAGCUCUCUUAAACAGGUAACUUCAGUAACUCUGGAGGAUUUGUCCAGCUGCAGUCUCUCCACACUGUCUGAGUGUAGCAUGUUACAGAGUCUGACACUCAGACGAUGCAAACUUCAAGCCCUGGAUGGACUUAACCAGUGCACCGAACUUCGGCAUAUUGACUUACAGGAAAACUAUAUCACAUAUGUUGACUGCGGGGGUCUGGAAAGACUUGAGGUUUUGCUUUUGGGAAGGAACCACCUUAUGAGCAUCCAUGGUCUGGACGAUGCUGUAAACCUGACUGUGCUUCAGCUUUCCCAUAAUGUCAUCUCCCGCAUCAGUGGUUUGGGAUCUCUGAAAAAGCUUCACCGCCUGAAAGUUGACCAUAACCAGUUGAUCAGCACGAAAGGACUCAGUGAAGCUUUUACGCUUUUGCAUGUGGAUUGCUCGUAUAACCACCUCAGUCAUGUGGAAGGCCUGGAGAACUGCGCUCUGCUCAACAUGCUGGAUCUGAGAGGGAACAACCUGACCGAGCUGCCUAUGCUUAAGAACCAUGUCCUGUUGAGGGAGCUAUAUCUGGAUGAUAACAGCAUCUGCUCUCUGCAUGGCCUGGAUAGCUGCUGGCUGCCUCUGCUGUGGUGUCUGUCUGUGUCUCAGAACAGUAUCACCCAGCUACCACUGCUAGUGGACUUGCUUUCAUUGAAGACACUUAAUGUUAGUCACAACUGCCUCUCAGAGCUGAGGAACAUUUGUAUGAGUCUUCAGGGAUGCGCUCAUCUUCAGGAGCUCAGCAUUACUGAUAAUCCCGUACAGCAGGAAAAUGACUGGAGGUCUUCUGUUCUGGCAGUAAAUCCAAACUUGAUAAAGCUGAACGGAGAGCAAAACGGUGCCUCAGGAAAACUCUCUGCAUACUCAACACAGCUGUGGAGCUUCCAGGCCCUUUGCCAGUCGCACCAAGAUCAGAUUGACGCAGUACUACAGAGACACAGCAUGGAGAUCAGCUCAGCUACAUCUCCGCUGCAUGCUCAGCUCCUGGUUGGUAAUCAUGCUGCUGAGCUGUUUCAGCUGGCUGAAGAGCAACGCUAUGCUCAUGAAUAUGGUGACAGUGGUGUUGGUAUACAUGAACCUGUGGCCUCCAGCCACCUGCAGAAAUUAUCUGACUGGGAUUUAACAUACAGGAAAAGUGACAAGGUCAAAACCCAGCAACCAGCAGAGCACACGACUCUGAACCAGCAAGCACCGCAUGUGCCGGAUUUUACCCACAAAAUCCAGCCACCAUCUGGUGACCAUAAUGCUGAUUGUGCAGGUAGCUGCAUAGGUCUUGCCCAGAAAUGCAGGGGGACACAGUCAAGUGAAGACGGAUCCAGCAGAAAUGGUUUCCAGGCAUCCAGGAUGAACCUUAAAACACUGGCAGUUAUGGUGAUCCAGCGCCACUGGCGUGAGCACAGACAAAGAAGACGCAUGGUUUAUUUAGAGCCACCUGCAAAAGCUCAUGCAAGAUCGAGUCCUAAAAGUGAAGUGAAAUCCUGCAAAACCAGGCCUGAAUGCCUCAAUAAAAAUGACGCUGCCACUGUCAUUCAGGCCGUAUGGAGGGGCUACGUGCUGCGGAAGAGGCUGACUCGUGCUCUUAUGCUUGCCCAGAUUGCAGAGGGAGAUGAGCCCUUCGAGGAGGUCGACAUGGAUGAAUUCAUUUUUGAUGAGGAAGCCAUGGAAAGGGACUUGAUUACUCUGCAUCCCGACAUGUCGCCAUCCUCAGUGCUGCCGUGUUCAGAACAGCUGCCGCUGCCAAAGCCUGUCCUACCUCUGGCUGGGGUUUAUAAGAGCGCAUCUGUGCAGCCAUGGAAUCCUAAACAGGCCUGGAUUAGCGAUGAGGAAGCACGAGUGUCGGCGCAGAAUCGAUCUCCUGAUAUAAGCACCAGUUUGCAGUCUCCAGCAUCCACACUAGGAAAUCGUUCUUUAUUGGAAAGAUCUGAGAAAAUUCUAGAAGAAUGGGGCUUUACCAGUGACUCCACUGCCCUUCUUAUGCUAAAAAGGGCUCAGAGGAUGAAGAACAGAAAGAAGCAGCAUCAUAGAAAAUUACUGGCUUGCAGAGGAGAUGUGAGUGUUCAGGAGGCACUGAGAAGAGAGCCAGAGCCAGAGCCAGAGCCGACCCAGACACAAACUCAGACACGACAUAGAACUAACCAGUGGCUCCAAACACAAGCCAUGCCGAGCCAGAGAAGCUCUGCCUCCUAUGUGAGUGAUCAUUUCCUCCCGGAGAUUGACCCUGAAAUUCUGAAUGGUGGAAGGGUUCAGCUUGUGGCUUCUGUAGGGUACAGAGAAGCUCUAGAUUCAGACAUGAGACAUUGGAUUGACGGCACUGGAUUCACUUCACCUCAGAAUCACCAGGCUCAUACUCGGACACACUCGGCUGGACAUGCGAAAAGAGAAGUGCCGUCCCCUCAAAGAGUCACCUUGGCUCCAUAUCGAAAGGAGAGAAUCUCAUUCCGAGACAAUCCAUUGCAGCUGAGUGGAGGCUGGGGAGGAGGCAGGAAGAGGUCUAAAGCAAACAAGUUAGAAUAAACUCACUGAGAGAAGUAGACAAUUAUUUUUCCAAUGCCUUGUACAUUUAUUUGUCCAUGUGGGUGUAUGCAUGUUUGGGGAAUGAGGGAUGUGUGUUUUUUAGCUUACGCUCAUACCCUUUAAACCCUAAUAAGCCCCAAUAAGCCUUAUGAUGCACAUUCGAUCUCCUCUGAAAUUCCCUGCAGCUUCUGUUUCACCCGAAUUCAGCGUCUUCCGCUGUAAAUUAAUUAAAGGCAAUGGAUGAGGUAUAACCCAAAUAUCUGCAGGCAGUCCUCUGUGUGUUAUUCUUAAAUAUCAGUGACCAUGGCAAACCGUGCAAUGUGUGGAAACCAUUUUUUGAAUGACAUGCUUAAUAUGCAAACAACAACAGGCAGUAGGAAGAAGCUCAUUAUUUUUCUAAACUAGUAGUGCUUUAUUGCAUUAUUUACAUUUUGCUGAUUAUAUUUUUGUAUUCGUUUUCUAAUGUUUUGCAAUUAAUUAUCCAAUGGUGGGACAACUCCCUAAAGUGCAUUUAUUUAUGAUGAGAACCAAUUUUGCACAAAUGUCUAAUCCAAGUCAUUAAAGAAAAU